AUGACGGAUCAACAGAUCAUUGAUGAUAAUCCUAUUAGGAAAGGCCUCGAUGGCUUCUAUACCACUUUCAAGUCGCUCUGUGAAGACAGGAGCCUCUCUUGCACAUCAGACGGCUGUGUCAACUCGGCCAGGAGGGCUUUCAGUCUCAGGCCAGCUCCUUUCGAAGAGGGUCAUGGCUCCCUUCGAAGCAAUCUUCUCGGUCUCAUUUCUACUGUCGCCUCUAGCGACUUCGACUUCGAUCGUGUUAAACCUCUCUUGAAUGCGGCCCUCAUCGACAAGCCGGAUGAUACUCUUAUCUGGGAUCAAGUCCAUAACGCCGUCACCGAUAGCAUCCUCCCUCUAACAAACCCCAUGACGUCACAACACGAGCAGCUUCGCCAACUCCUCUGA